GCUGAACUCAAACAUCGACAAACUCGCGAAACAUAAAGCUUGAGAAAUAUCUUGGACUGAACAACUCGUUCAUCCUACACCUCCUGGGUCUUCCCUCCUUUACCAUUCGCGGCCAUCAACAAUGGCACUACCCACGACCACCGCCACAUCAAUUCUCUCCAGUCUCUUUCUCCGCCGAACCGCAACCACACUCUCAUCAUUAUCCUCACGAACCCUUCUCUCCGCCUCCAUCGCUCUCCCCGCCAUAUCCAUCUCUAUACCCGGUCUAGUCUCAGAUAUAUGGGAAGGCAUACUACGAGCUGUGCCCAAGAAGAAGACAUCACAUUCGAAGAAGCGACACCGACAGCUUGCGGGCAAGGCAUUGAAGGACGUCAAAGCGAUCAACGAGUGUCCUGGGUGCGGACGGGCGAAGAAAAUGCAUACUUUAUGUCCCUAUUGUGUUGCAGGUGAGUAGUCGACUCAGUGGAACGAUGACUUGGUACGAGUUGCAAUGGCUAAUAUGCUGGGAUGAGUAGAAAUCUAUGAGAGCUGGAAGUCAA